GUUUCCACGUAUUACAAUUGCAAAAUUUGACACGUGUUGCAGAAUCGUUUCAUAUAUAUACCUGUCAGACUUGGGGUUUAAAUCAGUCACCCCAGAGAUGAAGCUGUUCUUCCUCGCCGUAACAAUCUUCUGCCUCUGUGAACUAUUUCCCCAGUCGGAGGCUGUUUCCUCUCAUUGUGGUUAUCAUGCUUUGAAUCACUACUACACCACGCGUUGUAACUCUAUUUACUGCACCACGUACUACAAAAUCAAAUACGGAUACUGCUCAUCCUAUGGGUAUCUACGUUAUGAGGCGAACGUUUACUAUAAUGGCAGCCAACUUUAUUAUUACAUCAGAUAUUACAGAAAUGGCAAGAGAGCACUAGACGCAGGAAAAGAAGCCCUGGAAAAAAUCAAAAUAGCGAGAGAAAGCACCAACGAGAAGAAAUCUGUGAAAACAGUGCAGGCUGAAGAGUAUGGCACCAUAUUGCAAAAACUUGGUGGCAAAGUCGUUCGCAGUGGCGCAAAAAGUCUCAAAGGCUUAACCACUGAUAUUGAUCAAUAAAACCAGGCACAGAAACAAGAUUAUUGAACAGUGUUCUUUCCUAUUUAUUCCUUUUAAUGAAAUAAAUAAUUGCAAAUUAUGAA